AGAGUUAGGUAGUCGAAAUCUACAAUAUAUAAAUAAAUAAAGCGAAGCAUGGGCUGCGAUAAAACAUUUAAAAUCUAAAAUUUUCAGUUCAAGAUUUAUCAUAAUUUAUUUUUUAAUUAAACCAACUGAGUCAUGAGUAUUUCUGCUCCUCGAGCUUUUACAAGUUUUCGAAAGAAAGGUGCUGAUAUUAGGAGCAUUCCAGGCACUAGAGUUUCAACUCACAAUGCACAACUUCUUACAUCUACAGGUCUUUCUACAUUAGAUUUCUUUAUAGGUGGAGGAUUACCAGUUGGUACAAUAUGUUUAAUAGAGGAGGAUAAACAUGAUAUUGCUUCAAAAACUAUCAUGAAGUACUUCUUAUCAGAAGCAGUCAUCCAAAAUCACAAAGUAUUUUUAUCUAGUGGUGGCAGAACAACAUCAGAAAAGUUACUAAAAGAAUUACCAGCUGCUAAAACUAUUGAAGUGAAACAUCAAAGCAAUGAUAAAAAAUUUGCUCCUGAUGAAGUGAUGAAAAUUGCAAUUCAAUAUCAAAACCAACCUCCUGUCCAAGAUGCUUAUUUAAAGGUUAGCUAUCACAACCAAGGCUUUGAUUUAUCUAAAAGAAUGUCGGAAGACCUGCUGCAUCAAUGUUCCUUAUCAGUUUGGGAUCCAACAGAAAAUUGUGAAUCAGAAAAAAUACCAUAUUUUCUUUCAAAUCCAUAUUCGCAAUUGCUAGAGACUAUUAAGAGUUAUAUUGUGACCAGUGGCCUUAAAGUUCCAUCAAAGACAUGCCAAACUGUGAUGAAAAUUGGAAUUUGUUCUCUUGGUUCUCCUCUGUGGUAUAAAGAUGAUGAAAAAUGCCAAGAAACUCAAAUAUUGCGUUUUUUAUAUCUACUCAAAGCACUUAUAAGAACUUCCUAUGCAGUAGCAUUAAUAACCAUUCCUUUUUAUCUCACACAAAAUAAAUCUCUCCUUAGCAAAAUACGACAAACCUGUGAUAUGGUAAUAAGUUUUGAAUCAUUUGAAGGUACAGAGUUAGCAGAUCAUCCUGCUUUCCAAGAAUAUGCUGGACUGAUUCACAUGACAAAACUGCCAGUUCUAAACUCUUGUCAGUAUCCAGUGAAAACAACUGACUUAGCAUAUAAGACAAAAAGAAAAGAAUUUAUUAUAGAGCGUUUGCAUCUACCUCCAGAUUUUGAUGAUAAUUCUAGUGAGACUAUUGCAGCUGGAUGUGGUGGUCCCUGCAGCAGCAAACUUGACUACUAAGCAAAUUGAUGGGUGAAUUACUGAAGUUCUAAUGAUUUUGGAUAGCUUUCUUUAAAUACUGUCAGAGCUAAAAGCCAAAUCUUGUAUUUUGUUGCCUCUGAAGAUAAAGUUACUGAGUAACUUGAACAUUUUUGAAGUCGGAGAACUAUUGACACAAAUUUUCUAAUGUGCUGUAAUAAAUCACCAGUUUAGAAAAUCGCUAUUUAUUUUGCAAAGGUAGCAUUACUUUAUUGUUAAAAAUCUUUGUGUAUAUAUUGCCUUUAUGCAUUUGUUAAGUCAUUUGUAAAAUACAGUUUUUUUAUUAAAUAUUCUUAUCCAGCUCUAUUUACAGUUGAAGACAAUUUUACUCAAUAAAAAAAUAAUUAUUUUAUCAAA